AUGGUGUGUCUGUGGCUUCCCAGAUGCUCCUGUAUGGCAGCUCUGACUGUGAUACUGWUGCUGCUGAGCCCUUCUGUGGGUUUGUCCAGGGACACCCGCCCACGAUUCCUGCAGCAGAUGAAAGCUGAGUGUCAUUUUUUCAAUGGGACAGAGCGGGUGUGGCAUGUGACCAGAUACAUCUUUAACCAGGAGGAAAUCCUGCGCUUUGACAGCGAUGUGGGGGAAUUCCGGGCAGUUAGUGAGCUGGGGCAGCCCAUAGCUGAGUACUUGAACAGCCAGAAGGACAUCUUGGACAAUUACCGCGCCGCUGUGGACAGGUGCAGAAACAACUACGCACUUGUUAGCCUACUGUCAAAGCGGAGAGUUAAGCCGAAGGUGACUGUGUAUCCCACAAAGACACUGCCCCUACAGCACCACAAUCUCCUGGUCUGCGCAGUGAGUGGCUUCUAYCCAGGCCACAUUGAAGUCAGGUGGUUCCGGAAUGGCCAGGAGGAGCAGGCUGGGGUCGUGUCCACAGGCCUGAUCCAGAAUGGAGACUGGACCUUYCAGAUSCUGGUGAUGCUGGAAACAAUUCCUCAGAGUGGAGAGGUCUACACYUGCCAGGUGGAGCACCCAAGCCUGACGAACCCUGUCACAGUGGAAUGGAGGCCACAGUCUGAGUCUGCAUGGAACAAGAUGCUGAGUGGAGUUGGGAUCUUUGCUCUGGGUCUGCUCUUCCUUGGGGUGGGGAUGUUCAUCUACUACAGGAAUUAG